ACGUUUUUUUCGCAAUUACGUUGCAUAUCAGUCGGAUGCGUCAUGCUUUAUUAUACCUUCAUAACGCGUGAUUUACAGAGCAGCCUGUCUAUGCUGUGAUAUAAAUACAUGGAUGCUCUUUCUGGUGUUAUGAUGAAUAAAGGAUGAUUUAUGUUCUGUUGUUUUCAUAUUAGCAUACAAUCAUUUUUGGCAAGUCACGUCGCAUGUUUCAGGUUUCAUAGCAUGUUAGUGUUGAAGAAGAAUGCCGAAUUUGAUUCUUGACAGGAAUACUUUUUAAUUUUUUAAUGAGUUUUAAUUUGGAGACACUUCAUCAUGGAUCAACCUGUGGAUCGAACAUUUAGGCUAACUACUUCAUAAUGAAGAUCCGCAAAUGAUAAUUUAAAAACUAUUGAACUGAAUUAACCAUUUGGUUUGUAUGCCAAACAGGCACAUUUCCCAGUCAGAUGGCAUACAGUAAUUCAUCCAGAUGUUUAACUUGGCAGUUUUUUUUAGUUAUCAUUGUUCCUACAAACGCGUUGAUUUAAUCAGCAAGGUAAGCUGUUGCUUAGGGCCCAAGAAAAUCUGAGGGCCCCCAAAUAAAUACCUAGAAGUAUAAAUUAUACCAAUAAAAUUCAUCAUUUUCUAUCAUAUUUUGCAUGAUGAGGAUCUAAAUAGGCUAACGUUAUAUAAAAGUUUAACGUUCAUUACACCUGCGCAAAUGUGUUUCCAGCCUCACCCACGGAGGAAUUCAGCUGUCAAAUCAGUGUCUGAAGAUCCAGUACGAGGUGCUUUGGGCCUGAAAAUGGACUCAAUUUCCCUGCUGGGCAGCAGUCCAGCCAGCACCAAAGUCUGCUUCUUACCCAAUGGCCUGAAGAAUGGCUCCAAAGAGGGAUCCGGCAAGCCCACGGUUGGCAUCAUCGGCUCUGGCGACUUCUCCAAAAGCUUGACCCUCCGCCUGCUUCGCUGUGGCUUCCAUGUGGUGGUGGGCAGCCGACAGCCCAAAAGAGCGGCAGAAUCCUUCCCGCACGUGGUAGACGUGACCCAUCACGAGGACGCAUUGGGAAAGGCCAACAUCGUGUUCCUGGCCAUCCGCCGAGAGCACUAUUCCACCCUCUGGGACAUCAAGCACCUGCUGGCUGGAAAAAUACUGGUGGACGUCAGCAACAACAGACGGCUGAACCAGUUUCCAGAGUCAAAUGCAGAAUAUCUGGCAUCCCUCUUCCCAGAAUCCACUGUGGUCAAAGGCUUUAAUGUGAUCUCGUCCUGGGCCAUGCAGUCGGGCCCCAGGGACUCCAGUCGACAGGUGUAUAUUUGCAGUAACUCAGCUGACGCUCGACAGCAGCUCAUAGAAAUGUCCCGUCAGCUCAGCUUCAUCCCAGUAGACAUGGGCGCUCUUUCCUCCGCCAAAGACAUCGAAAACAUGCCCCUGCACCUCUUCACGGCCUGGAAAGGACCCGUCCUGACCGCCGUGGCCUUGUCCAUCUUCUUCUUCGCCUACUCUUUCGUGCGGGACAUUAUCCAUCCGUACAUGAAGACCAGGCAGAGCUUCUUCUACAAAAUUCCUCUGGAAAUAGUGAACAGGACGCUGCCUGUGGUGGCCAUAGUUCUGCUAGCCCUGGUGUAUUUAGCGGGACAGCUCGCGGCCGCAUAUCAGCUCAUGUACGGGACCAAGUACCGGCGUUUUCCACCCUGGUUGGAAGGUUGGUUGGAGAGCCGCAAACAGCUGGGUUUGUUGAGCUUCUUCUUUGGCUGUAUUCAUGUGCUGUACAGCCUGUGUCUGCCUAUGAGGCGCUCGGAGAGAUACCUGAUGCUCAACAUGGCCUAUCAGCAGGUUCAUGCGAACAUCGAGAACUCAUGGAAUGAAGAGGAGGUGUGGAGAGUGGAGAUGUAUGUGUCCUUCGGCAUCAUGGCCCUGGGGCUUCUCUCUCUAUUAGCAGUCACUUCUAUUCCCUCAGUCCACGACGCACUCAACUGGCGGGAGUUCAGCUUUAUCCAGUCCACUCUAGGCUACAUCGCGCUGCUCAUCUCCACGUUUCACGCUUUGCUUUUCGGCUGGCAGCGGGCGUUUCUGGAGGAGUCCUAUCGUUUCUACAUGCCACCCAAUUUCGUCCUGGCCCUGAUUUUACCUGUGACCGUCAUCAUUGGAAAAAUAGUGCUGCUGCUUCCCUGCGUGAGCCGGAAACUGAAGCGCAUCCGACGUGGAUUAGACUCCCAUCAGAGCCGCACAAACCACGAGAGACCGGCUGCUCACGUCUCCCCAGAGAGGGUCACCAUCAUGUGAAAACAAAAGG